AUGACCUGUAGUGCGUUAAAAGAGGCAGGGCCCGUCUGCGGCAAGCCCACUUCAGGGGGCCCUAGGGCGGUGGCACUCCAGCAGUCCCCGACCCCCCCAGCCCCACCCACCAGUCCCCCGACCCCGCGAUGGACAAGGCCCACAGCCGCCCGGCAGGGCGUGGCACCCGACCCGAGAUCCCCCCCAGUAUCCCACAGGGAGGCAGGGAGCCCACAGCCAGGGAGGGGAACCCGGCACCACGAGAUGCCCCAAUCCAACCCCCGCCGCAGGCCGCACGGGCAGAGUAGGCGCAGCCAGCUAGAGGAGGGCCAAAACCAACAGGGGAGACCAGAAGGGAAAGGCAGGCCAAUGAAUGGACCCUUCCCCUGCCCCCACCACCCCGCCCCCACCACCACCACGCCGGCCGGCCAACCCCAGUCCAGGACACCGCCCGCCCAACCUGCCCGCCCGCCCCGGUACCGAACCCCCAGGACCCAGGAGGCCCCCCAGGCCCUGCCCCAUUCAGCCACAGGGACAGAUUGCAGAAGCGUCCAGAGGGGGAACCCAGGACCAGACCCCACAACCCCCCCACCUCCCCCACCAGUAGAACCAGAGGCCACGCAGGCACCCGGCAGGCACCGCCAGCCCCCCGUCAAAAGGCCCCGAGCCCAACCACAGGCCCCAGCCACCCACACCGCAAAGGGCCCCACCAAACCUAACGCCCCAACCACACCGGGCGCGGGGCCGACCACCCGUGCCAGGUCAAAUCCCAAGGGCCAUCCAAGAAUUACCGCAAGGCCCCUUUAA